CUUCCGGUUCUGUAAUCCCAACAAGAUGGCGGCGCCCAGGGCGUCCCUGAACCUGGUGGCCCCGGUAUGGAAGGGGCUUCCCAAGGGCACUCGUGGUCUGAGCAGUGCACUGGCCCCAGAGGGCAAUCAGAGGAAGGGGAGAAUGCUGCUCCAGUUCCUGGCUGACCGCUUCUACGACGUGCAGGCUCUGAGAGAGUACUUGUUCCAAAAGCGAUUGUCAAAGGUGCACCGGGAAAAUCGAUCCUUCACCUACAUCAAGGAGCGAUACGGCCCAUACAUCGCAGGUGCCUAUUUCGUCCUGAAGCAGGGAGGCGCAGUCAAGUUCCAGGGCAAGGAGUGGAUUCGGUCCCAUGGGCGUCGCCCCUCUUUUUUGGAGUUGGUGAAUUUCCAGGCUGUACCUGUGGAGUCUGUGGAUGCCAGUGACUGUGCCAUCAAUUAUGAGGGCCUGGGUAACCUCUUGGCCCUAAAGGAGCUGCAGUUCCUGUCGCUGCAGCGCUGUCCCCAUGUGGAUGACUGGUGUCUCAGCCGUCUCUACCAGCUGGCCGACUCAUUGCAAGAGCUCUCGCUGGCAGGUUGCCCCCGAAUCUCCGAACGGGGACUCGCCUGCCUCCACCACCUCCGGAACCUCCGUAGGCUGGACAUCUCAGACCUCCCUGCUGUGUCCAACGCGGGCCUCACUCGGAUCUUGGUGGAGGAGAUGCUGCCCAACUGCGAGGUUCUAGGGGCUGAGUGGGCUCACGGCCUGAAGUCGAGGCCAGAGAAGCAGCCUCAGGACACAGCCAGCCCCAUCCCUGCCUAGGCUCUGACCCCCACCCCAUCGAGCUGGAUCUCAGCGGGGCUGUGUUGAGUAUCUUACAGUUCUCUCUCUGAGGCUUCCAGUUGGGCUUACUCAUCAUAAGGGUUGGGGGGCAUGAGGGGUGUGGCGCUGGCAGGUCGGGAAGGACAGCAUGUGGUCCCCACCUCAUAGGUGCCUGGCUGAAGGUCACAGCUCCUUUCAUCCUGUCAGGCAGCCCUUCCCACACACCUCUCCUAGUUCCAGAAUAACCUCCUCCUGCCUCCCCAGGCCUGGGGCAGGUAAGGACUCCCGAAUGCAAGUAGCCACAAGAAGCUUCGUUCCCCUGGUGGCCUCCCCACAUUGCCCACUACUGUGCCAAGAGGCUGCUCUCAGAUUAUCCUUACUUAGGUGUGCUGCUGUUUCCUGCAUUCCAUGAGGAUGGCGGUUCUGUGUGGGACGAGCCAGCUCACUGCAGGGUGCAGCAUCCAUGGCCCAUACUCACUAGGCAGUAGCGCUCCAAGGCCUGUGGUGUUCCUGUUUACUGAAUUCAGGUUCAAGCUCAGCAUUUUUGUCUACAUUGUGAAAACUGAUUUGGGCCUUUGAAAUGUUUUCCCUUCACUAACUUGCAUAAGCUUUGUCAGUAGGAGGCGCUUGAGAGACAUUGCAGGAGUUCCUGUUCACGUGUGCUUGCUCCGUGGCUCCUGCAGCACAUGUAGCUUCUCCAGUGCCAGGUGGUCAGCAGCCUCCCCGGGCUUCCUGCCCCACCUCACAGUUUCCCCGAGGGGGCCCUCCACGGAGGCACCUCCCUGUGCAUGACUCUCCACCACAGCCCAACAUUUCCAGUAAAUUCCAAGGCACCUUACCAAUGAAUCCUUCACCACUUCAAUUCGCUGUUGAAAUCAAUAAUUCUUUAUAUUAAACUUUCCCUAUUCAAAUUACUGUGGUUUCUUUUUUUUCCCCUCUCCUGAUUGGAUCCUGAUACAGCAUUGGUAUUCAGAGUGUUCCGGGAGAUAGCCUCACAGAG